AUGUUCUGGGGCAACAAAGCCGCGCAGGCUUCCGAGCCGGACCUCGCCCGCACCGACUCCUCCAAGAACGAUCCGUCCGCUUCCGCCUCCCAGGCCUCCGGUACUGCCUGGCUCGCCGGCCACCUGCACCACCUCACCACGGAACAGGAGCAGAGCCUAGAAGAAUUCAAGAAAGUAUGCGCCGAGCGCAAGUACUACACUCCAGCCGGAGAGAACGGCCCCGCCAGCCAUGGUGAUGCGACUAUGCUACGCUUUUUGCGAGCCCGCAAGUUCGAUGUCGAGGGCGCUUGGGCCCAGUUCAAGGAUACGGAGGAUUGGCGCAAGGACAAUGCCAUUGAUGCUCUGUAUGAGAAUAUCGGCGUGGACUCCUAUGAAGCUGCCCGCCGCAUGUACCCCCAAUGGACGGGUCGUCGCGAUCGUCGCGGAAUCCCAGUCUACGUCUUCGAGAUCCGUCACUUGGACAACAAGGCUGUUGCAGCGUACAACUCGACCAUGACGAAAGGAACGCCCGAAACUCAUAAAUCAUCUACUGUGCCUGCGCGUCUGCUUAACCUCUUCGCGUUGUACGAGAACCUCCUCCAGUUCGUUAUGCCGUUGUGUUCCGCUUUGCAGCGCCCGAAUCCCGAGACGCCUAUUGUCACUUCUACCAAUAUUGUUGAUGUGAGCGGUGUGGGCCUGAAGCAGUUCUGGAAUUUGAAGAGUCACAUGCAAGAUGCAAGUGUUUUGGCCACGGCGCAUUACCCAGAGACGCUGGACCGUAUCUUUAUUAUCGGCGCCCCUUCGUUCUUCCCUACUGUUUGGAGCUGGAUUAAGCGUUGGUUUGACCCGGGCACCACGUCCAAGAUCUUUAUUCUCUCUGCUGCUGAGGUCGAGCCUACUCUAACUGCUUUCAUGGAGCCGAGCAGUAUCCCCAAGCAAUAUGGUGGUGAGCUUGAAUGGACAUGGGGCGAUAUGCCGAAUGUGGAUGAUGCCGGUCGUGAACUUUUGCAGGGUAUCGAGCAGCCUCUGGGCGAGGGCCAGACGCGGAAGGAUAUCCUGAAGGGUCCUGUGCUGUUCCGGGGUGAUCAUCUCGAGGUCCUUGGUACUGUUGAUGGUAAGGAGCGCAGAGAGACCAUUCCUGUUCCUAAGACACAGGCAUCCGAGGCUGAGGCUAAGCCUGUCGAGUCGGUGGAGACACCUGCUGCUGCUAACACGGAGAAGACUGAUGAUGAAAAGGCUGUUGAUAAUAUGGCGGUGAAGGUGAAUCAGCUCUCUGUUGAUGAGACCCCUGCCGCAUAG